AUGAUUCUACUCGUCAUCUUACUUCUCGUACCCACCCACCUCUCCUUCGCCUUCCUCCCCCCUUCCAACUCCUCCCUCCCCCUCCUCCGCUUACCAUCCCCACCCCCACCCCCGUCCCCCCCUCCCCCCACAACCUUUACAGCACUCGGCCCCCCCACUACCCCCCUACACGGCAAACCCUGGCCCUCCCCCCCCUACCGGCGCCCCAUCAAGGACGGCCUCGCCAUCACCAUCACCGCAUACGGCGACUCCCUCGCCGCCAAGUACACCGCCUACAUCCUGAAGGCCCUGCUCGCGAUCCAGCGCGUCAUCCGGAACGCCGGCGGGCCCCACGACGUGCUCGAGGAGACGACGACGGUGGGGAAGUUCGCGGGCGCCGUCUACGCCGAGGUCGGCUUCUACGCCCUGCACGCGCCGGCCGGGAUCGAGCGGGUGCAGGCGGCGGAGGUGCUGCAGAAGGUGUGGGAGCUCGUCUUUGAGUAUUCCCCGGCGAAGGAGAUCACGUCGUCGACGGUUGUGGCGGAGGGGAGGGAGUUGGUGCUGUUUAGGUUGAGCUUUCGUCAGAUAUGA